GCUGUCAAUCAGAAUCUCCAUACCCAGUUACCGAUGACACAAUCUCGCUUACUAUAGUCGGCAGAUCGCGUUCACGUAGACAGGUGUGCACAAAGGCCUUGUGGAUGGUGAGUGGCACGUGACAAGUUGCUAGGCACAUCUCUAUAGUAACAACGCUCUUCCAUAAACCGGUCUACUGAUUGUUUUACGACAUUUAUCUCAUUUGGAAGAUCGAUUCUGAUCAGGAGAGAUUAAAAUGAGUCGAAUGGGCUACUACGACAGUGGCUCUGUCCUGCGCACGCGCAGCGUCACACCAGGAGCAGAAAUGUCAAAAAUGUUGCCAUACGUCACUGACAAGACCAUUUCUCGUCACCUUGGAUACGCAGGGAAAUCCUUGGACUUGGGACAUGCUGCAACUUACUACAAUCCAGCCAGGAAUGCCCUGUACUCUCGCUACACCACCAAUGACUGGGGAUUGUCCAACAGCAUGAAUUAUUCCAUGUCAGACAAGGAGCGAUCUUUUGCCGAGCGUCUUAGAGCCGACGCAUGGAGAACCGUCAAGGAGACGGACGCUCGCACACGUAACAGGCAGAACGAUAUCACGAAAAAGCUAGGGGAGCGAGUCUAUGACAUUGCUUUCUGGAAAAGCGAGCUUAACAAUGAGAUUAAUGCCAUGGCGACAGAAACCGACAAUCUCAAGGAGUACCGUCGUACUUUGGAGAAGGCCCUUGCUGACACUGCCAAUCCGCUCCACAUCGCAGAGGAGUGUCUCAUGCACAGAGAGAAACGCCAGGGAAUUGACCUUGUCCAUGAUGACGUGGAGAAACAACUGAUCAAGGAAGUUGAUGCCAUCAAGAAAUGCCAAGCUAAGAUGAAGAGGGUUUUGGACAAGGCCUACGUCCAGCUCAAGAUGAACCGCGCCGCUCAGCACACUCUUGAGAUUGAUGCCAAGGACAAACACCACGCCCAGGGCCUUGACGACAGGAUGCAGCAGCUGAGAAAUGCCUCCGCCGGAAUCGGCUAUCACCCAGGCAUCGAGGCCAUCGAUAACACCAUCACCAUCCCCGACUCCUGGGUAAGGUACACACAAGAGAAUAUCGCAAGAUCUCAGAAGGAGAGAGCUGCAUCUGAGCGUCUACGAGGAGAAAUCGACAGCACCCUCCGCGCAUGCGCCAAUGACAUGUGGAACCAGUUCAACUGUGUCAACAAUUCCUUCAAUGGCCGAAACAGGCAGACAACUGAUGCUAGGAACAAACUCCAGGCUCAUUUACAGAGGACUCUACAAGAGAUCUUCGAUAUGGAGAGGAACAUUGAGUUGCUAAGGAAGGCAAUCCAGGACAAGGAGAUGCCAAUGAAGGUAGCCCAGACCCGAUUGGACGAGAGAACCCGCCGAAUCAACGUCGAGCUCUGUAACGACCCCGUCAUGAGAUCGCUACAGAGGGAGAUCGCCGAGAUCCGGGAGUCAGUGAGAAUCCUGAAGGAGAGGCUGAAGGCCUCCGAACUCAGCUUGUGCCGUCUAAUGAAGACGAAAGCCACAUUGGAGCACGAUAUAUCUGUGAAGGAAAACACUCUCAAGAUUGACACCGCUUACUGCAUGGGCAUGCGCAAAGGCUUCCCAAUGGAUCCUAAAGUCGGACCGGUGUUUCAAAUGCCAAUAUGUUAAUAAUUAGAACAUUUAUCAAUUAUUUUCUAUAGAAAUCCACGAACUAAAUAAAGAACUUUCCAAAUGUCAUCUGUCGGGAAUGGUUGGAAUUUUUUAAUGAAUUUAUCGAUGGAGUGACGUCAUUCAAAAUCCAUCAAAAAGCGUCUUGAUAUAUAUAAGUAUUAAAAACUAUUCGUUAUACCGUGAUUAUUUAAAGAGUGUACGUUCAGCGAAUAAAUACAGAAUUAGAAGACAGUGUCUAUGUAUAUCUUACAAAAAAGACGUUGUUUGUUUCGCAAAUUUGCGAAAGUUUGAAAGUUUUAUAUAUUCAUUCCGCAAACUUUAAAAGUCUAUUGACCCAGUUUGUCAUUCAAGAUAGACGUUGUGGAAAUCAUCAAUAUCCUUUAUUGUUCACUUGUUUCAUAACAGAUCUUUUGUUCAUGUUAUAAUUGCAAAUAGGAUUUGCUUUUCAUUUAUUUCGUUUCUUCCUUUUUUCGAAGAGAAGAUUUACAACAAGAAGGGGUGUUUUUUCUAGACAUAUGUAUUUUUUGUUUAUAACAUUAAAUGAUUCAGAAAACCCUUUCUAGAUUUUCCUCUCCCAUUACAUCGAAGCAAUCUCGAAGUUAAGGAUUUACUAGGCAUGCUUAAGUUAGUGCAAGUUAGCGAUAUUUUGUUCUGUAACUAUAUGAACUAAAUCAGAAAGAACCUUAAAAAUACAGUCGUAUCUGUGAGUGGUACAAUCUGGUUUAAACUUCGUGAACUUUUACCGUUCAGUAUUUCGUCAUUUACCGAACAGAACUUGCAUUUCAGUAUAACUUAUUUCAAAUUUUAUCGUAUAGAUAUCGUUGUGUUUUUUUCAAAUUAUAGUUUCAAAUUAUUGUAGGAGAUGAAUAAUAAUUAAGCGCAGUAAUCAAAAGUUAAUCAGCUAGAUUUUAAACAGAUGGUAAGUAGUGCUAAUAAAGCACGAUCAUUUGCUGUUAGAACUACAUAACUCUAGCCAGCAUAAUUAGCAGUGCUGAAAAUAAUUGGGUACGUAGUGCUAUUCUGAUACAUAUUUUUGUUGUGUAAUAAGUGUGAAUAAAAAAGGGUUUGUAUCUUAUUUUUUUAAUUUCUGUUGAAUACUUUUAUUUAUAAAAAUUAUGAAUACACAUAUACUUAUAUAUUGAACCGUCCAAAUUAAAUACUUUUUAAGUAAUUUAAAUACAUAUACCAUGUUCUGAUUUUUAUCAUUUCAGAUAAUUAUUAAACGUGAACGUGCUUGUAUUGAAUUUUAAACUAAAUUAUUCAAUUUCAUAAAAAUGCUGCACAUGAUUUGAAUAUAUCGUGAAUUUCCGUUCAUGACGGAAGCUGCUGCGAUCCAGUAAAAAGUGCGCAUGCUCCGAGGACAACUUCCUCUUUGAGGACGUAAACCACAUCAGUAUUAGAUUACAACUCGAACAUUACAACUAUGUAAUUGCUCAAUACAAUGUCCAUGUACGUAGAGUAAAUGACUUGCCAUCUAAUGUGCUAUGAACUGUGAUAUAUCGGCUAUAUUUUAUUUAUAUGUUGUUAAAAUUUUGUAUAUAGCGUUUCAAAUCCAUUGGUCGAGUAGACACCAUUGUACUGCUUAUGUUGUUUGCACAAUAAAACGUGGAAAAAAUAUAA